UUUCUAAAGAUGGCCGCGCCCUGUAAUCGAGGGGUGUGACAUAAUUUUAGUUGUACAACAUUCUGGAUGACAGUUAAGAAGCAGACAGCAUUGUGCCACUGACAUCUAGGACAAGUAAACAUCAUUUCUACACUUUCUCAACCAUUGUAUCAUCUGUCCCAUCAUGGAAAAUGACGAUCUAAUACUCCCCAAAGACUUCCCUAAGUUGAAGAAUGAUGCAUUCCUCCGUGCAUGCCAAGGCCAGGAGACCAACCAUGUUCCUGUGUGGUGUAUGAGACAGGCUGGACGCUACCUGCCAGAGUUCCGUGAGUUCAGAGCUGGGAAGGACUUCUUUGAAACGUGUCGGUCACCUGCAGCCUGCUGUGAACUCACUCUCCAGCCAUUGAGACGUUUCCCAUUUGAUGCUGCCAUCAUCUUCUCAGAUAUCCUGGUUAUCCCACAGGCCAUGGGUAUGGAUGUCCAGAUGGUGGCAGGAAAGGGCCCUACGUUCCCAGAGCCCCUAAAGGAGCCAGAAGACCUGCUGCUCCUGCAGCACAAGGUGGACGUCAACAAGGAGCUGGGCUAUGUCUUCAAGGCCAUCACAUUGACACGCCACAAACUGGAUGGCAAGGUCCCUCUGAUCGGCUUCACUGGUGCCCCGUGGACCCUAAUGGCCUAUAUGAUUGAGGGGGGAGGCUCAACAACCCACUCCAAGGCUAAGCGCUGGCUGUACCGCCACCCUGAGGCCAGCCACAAGCUGCUAAAGAUGCUGACUGAUGUCAUCGUAGAGUACUUGCUGGGACAGGUGGCUGCUGGGGCACAGGCCUUGCAGGUGUUUGAGUCCCAUGCUGGCUGUCUGGGCCCAGUGGAGUUCCAGGAGUUCUCCCUGCCCUACCUCCGAGACAUCGCCCGUAAGGUCAAAGACCAGCUGAAGGAGUCAGGCCAGGAUGUCCCCAUGAUUGUGUUUGCCAAGGACGGCCACUAUGGUCUGGAGGACCUCUCUCAGUCCCACUAUGAGGUUGUUGGUUUGGAUUGGACCAUCGAUCCACGCUCAGCACGAGAACGGACGGGAGGAAAGGUUAGUCUCCAGGGGAACAUGGACCCCUGUGCACUCUAUGCCCCCAAGGAGCGUAUAUCGGAGAUAGUGAAGAAGAUGCUGGAAGGCUUUGGGACCAGAGGGUACAUAGCCAACCUGGGCCACGGGCUGUACCCUGACAUGGACCCAGAGAAUGUGGCUGCCUUUGUAGAAGCUGUCCACACUCACUCUCGCCACCUCAACCUCAAGUAACUCCCCCGUCACCUGGCAACAUUGACCACAGUCAUCAUACUAGCAGAGAGCAGCACCCAAAGAACUAAGCAACAUUGCAUUGGAUUAUAGAGACAAUGUAUCAUGUAUUCACAGAAAACCAAUCUACCAACAGGUCUUAUCAAGUAUGUUAUCCCAGGACAAAUCCAGACUUACGCUACUAAUUUUUUGUCCAUUAAAAUAACAUCAUAUUGAUCAGAAAUACAGUGUAGACAUUGUUAAUGCUGUAAAUGACUAAUGUAGCUGGAAACGGCAGAUUUUUAAUGGAAUAUCUACAUAGGCGUAUAGAGGCCCAUUAUCAGCAACCAUCACUACGUUGUGUUAGCUAAUACAAGUUUCCGGGAUGCUGGCCUUCUAGGCAGAGUUCCUCUGUCCAGUGUCUGUGUUCUUUUGCCCAUCUUAAUCUUUUAUUUUUAUUGGCCAGUCUGAGAUAUGGCUUUUUCUUUGCAACUCUGCCUAGAAGGCCAGCAUCCCGGAUUCGCCUCUUUACUGUUGACGUUGAGACUGGUGUUUUGCAGGUACUAUUUAAUGAAGCUGACAGUUGAGGACUUGUGAAGUGUCUGUUUCUUAAACUAGACACUCUAAUGUACUUGUCCUCUUGCUCACUUUUGCACCGGGGCCUCCCACUCCUCUUUCUAUUCUGGUUAGAGCCAGUUUGUUCUAUUCUGUGAAGGGAGUAGUACACAGUGUUGUACGAGAUCUUCAGUUUCUUGGCAAUUUCUCGCAUGGAAUAGCCUUCAUUUCUCAGAACAAGAAUAGACUGACGAGUUUCAGAAGAAAGGUCUUUGUUUCUGGCCAUUUUGAGCCUGUAAUCAAACACACAAAUUCUUCUGAUGCUCCAGAUCCUCAACUAGUCUAAAGAAGGCCAGUUUUAUUGCUUCUUUAAUCAGAACAACAGUUUUCAGCUGUGCUAACAUCAUUUCAAAGGGGUUUUAUAAUGAUCAAUUAGCCUUUUUAAAAUGAUAAAAUGGAUUAGCUAACACGUUGUGCCAUUGGAACACAGGAGUGAUGGUUGCAUGUAGAUAUUCCAUUAAAAACCUGCAGUUUCCAGCUACAAUAGUCAUUUACAACAUUAACAAUGUCUACACUGUAUUACUGAUCAAUUUGAUGUUAUUUUAAUUGGCAAAAAAUGUGCUUUCAAAAACAAGGACAUUCAAGUGACCCUAAACUUUUGAACGGUAGUGUAUGUGAUUUUUCUUUUGUAAAUAAUAUUUUGGUUAUAUUCUAUAGAUAAUCAUUGGACAAAAGAAAGACAUUGAAGUAGUGCACGACCUUGUAAUAUUUCCUAUGUGUACCUCUGCUCCGUUUUUUCAUCAGGUAGUUCAUCUUACAACAACAUGAAGGGUUUAAUGUGAUUAUCUUGAAAGGUUGUGUGUUGGUCUCAUGGAAAACACUGUUGUUUGACUGUGACAUGUACUAAAGCAUAAGCACUAGUGUUUAUUUCCCUGUUUAUUUUUAUUCAGUCAAAUUUAAGAAUGAUUGUGUUUGGAAUUGGACCUGUAUUUGAAAUGAGAUCGAAUAAAUUAUAUAUUGGAUUUA